ACUCUUAGUACAGUGAGUUUCUUCUGACAGGAGCUCGUGUGGAGACUUCUCGGCGUACUUCAAAAUGUGUGAUUCUUCUUUUCCACGUUGGAAACAUCUUAAAAGAUGGCACUUCCUUAUCUAGUCUUGCAACAUGGAAGCAGGCAUCCUAAGGAUGUGUGCGUGAAAGUGCACUGACGGAGGCCAAACAUGGAAGCUGAGUGGAACUGCAGCUUCCAAUGUGAAUCCCCACUCUGUCUCAUCCACUCAGAAGUCAACAGGCAGGAGAGCAUGGAGGUGAUGUACAGACUGUGCACUCUCAGCAAGAUGACCGCGGAUCCUCCAAGGCGCUCCCUCUCACCUGUGCUGAGUGCCGUGGUGUGGACGCUGCUCUCCUGCGGCAUCGUGCUGGCCUUUUGCUUCCUGCUCUUCACCCUGCGCUUCAAAAACAACAGGAUUGUCAAGAUGUCCAGUCCCAACCUCAAUGUCCUGAGUCUCUUUGGAAGCAUCGUAACCUACAGCAGUGGCUUCCUGUUCGCUACGGACGGGCGAUCACACCCGCAAAUGGAAGAGUCGACGGCAGUGCUUCAUGCUCAGGUUUGGACUCUCUGUCUCGGCAGCACAAUGGUGUUUGGACCUAUUUUGGGGAAAACGUGGAGACUGUACAGGGUGUUCACUCAGAGAGUGCCUGACAAGAGAGUGAUCAUUCGAGACAUCCAGCUGAUGGCUAUGGUUGCCCUCCUGCUCCUGAUGGACCUGCUGGUUCUUACUGCCUGGAACCUCACGGAUCCCAUUCGUUGUUCUCAAUCAGUCACUGCGGUGGUGAAGAUGUUGGAGAAAGACAUAUCCUACUCUUUGUCUCAGCUUCAUUCCUGUUCAUCGGUGUACUCGCAUCUAUGGGUCAUCAUUAUAGCUGUUAAAAAGGGUUGUCUCCUCCUCUAUGGAACAUAUCUAGCCGGCCUGACCAGCAAUGUCAGCCACCCUCCGGUCAACCAGUCUCCCACCAUCCUAACCGCUGUCACUUUGGUGGCCCUCUGCUCCACUGUGGCCAUCCCCGUGUCAGUCUUCAUGCAGGCUUGGCCCAAUUUGGUUUACAGCAUUGUGGGUGGAGCCAUUUUCAUCUGUACGCUGGCCACCAACUGCAUGUUGUUUGUUCCUCAGCUGGCUGAGUGGCGGAACUUUGAAGAGGAUCAGAACAACCCGGGUCAAAUGGCCAAGUAUUUCAGCAGCCCCAGUAAGAGCCAGCCUUCAGUGUACAGCCAGGACGACAUCUAUUUCCUGUUGGGGGAGAACAACUCCAUGAAAAAACUGCUGAAUGAGAAGAAUGCAGUGAUUGACAGCUUGCAGGAGCAGGUGAACAACGCCAAAGAUAAACUUCUACGUCUGGUGUCAGCCAGCCAAGGGGAUGUGGACUCCACAAAUCUCCCCUCCUCCUCCACUCAGACCACAGAACUUCAAUCCUGUAACCUUCCAGCUUCUCCACUUCCGAGGGAAAACAAGUCCAGACUCUCACACGUGUCCGUUUUACCUUGUUUUAUUGAUGCUGACCGUCCAGGGUCUUCUGAGCUUGUCGCUUCAUCAAGCUCCAGAACUCCUCCUGCAGCCCACUCUCCUGUCCUGAGUGGGUUGGAUGUAGAUUCAUGUAAGUCCACAGCAGAGGAUACAGGCUUACUUAGGACAGCAGAGGAGACGGCUCACUUUGUCACUUCAGUCCAAUCGCAUAGAUUGUUAAACCCUUGUGAGGUUGAAACCUUAAGCAACUGCCCAACAUCCCCCUUGGGACCAAGCACCCGACCAACUGGUUUUGUUAGUAGCGAGAAGUUGCAGGAGAUCCUUCAAGAACUUAAUGUGGACACAGUCUUGUCCAGAAGGCCUUCUCACAUCAAAUUCAUAAAGGACUCCUCACUUUCUCCAAUCUCCUUCCAGACACCCCGCUCCCCGAACCCUACUUUAGUCUUCCACUACCCCAGCAUCUCCCCCUACGCCAUGAGGAAACGUCGGCCACCCUUCCAUUCGCCGAGACGUAGUGUGGCCCCAGCUUGUCUCUAUGCAGAUGCUGCUAGCUGUCGGCGGACGAGAGGCAACUGUGGGGUCCAGGAUCAAAGAAAGCAUCCCGAAAGUGUCACCCUAAAUGGGGGAGUCACAAUGGGUAGUACCCUCCAGGUUCCUCUUGAGGUGCAAGUGCAGGAUAAAGAAAGCUUGUCAUCAAGGCCUGAGAUAGAUACCUGUGAUAUAAACAUGGGCAGCGAUGCCAGGCAGCACUGUGAAGACAGGAUAGACCCUUGCCACCACUGGGACUCAGACUCGAGCACCUCAACAGACUACUGCUUCUACCACCGACCGUACUGUGACUCCUGUUUGCAAAGAGGCUCGCUUUUGUUCUCAGACUCCUCCUCAGACUCCUCAGACAGCGAGUAUGAAGGUUACAGCCUUUACCGCGCUCCACAUCCUGUUGUGUUCAAAGAAGACCUCAAACCAACACUUGUGUAAACAGGACUUUGAUGCAUCAUUUAGUUCACAUGAUCCUUAAGGGCAACUUUAACAACAAGUAAGUUAAACUUUAGUGAAAUCAAUUUGACUGCUGUGGGAUAUGUUAUUUAACGGUGCAAAACAGUAUCUCCAAAAGGUGAAUACACUACUCACAUUUCACAAUUGUAUUAUAUCUUUGGGACAAUACUGUAAAAAUACAACUUUGAUAAAACUUACAGUAGUCAAUGUACCAAUUAAAAAGCUGAUAGAUUUAAAAUAUAACGCCACAUGUUGCAGUACCACAACCACAGCUCCCUAAUGCACUCAGACAGCUGCAGACCAUAAACAAGACACAAUUAACUUACUUCUCACUUGCUAGAUAUUUUGACAACAAUUGCGGUUUGUUGGAUACAAAAUCAGCGCUGCUAUUCAAGAUGUAUACUGACUACUCUAAAGUAUAUCCAAGUUGAAUUUGUGCCUUAGGAAGAUAUGCUGUAAUGAAAUGCACCUUUUGUGAGAUACCGUAUAUGCACAGCUGUGUUUAUUUGACACAUUUUACAGUUAACUGGUGCAGACAUCGAGCUCUGAAUAGUACACAUGCAUUAUCUAAUGACAGGAGUUGUAUCAAAAAUGUUGCCUUUAUAUCAGUGGUUCUUAACCUUGUUGGAGGUACCAAACCCCAUUAGUAUCAUAAAAAUAAAAAGUUUUUUUUUCUAAUUCAGGACAGUUAUAUGUUUUUGGUAACACUUUAGUAUGGAGAACAUAUUCUAAUAACAGACUUAAUUUAGAGGUUUUUGGACACUAGGGGAACAUAUUCUAAGUAACAAAGACUUAACAUAGAGUUAUUUGGUUAGGGUUAUAAUGAGGCCAUGCCGAAUAAGGCAUUAAUAAGUACUUAAUAAUGACUAGGUAAGAGCCAAUAUGUUACUAAUUUGCAUGUUAGUAAGAAAGUAAUUAAUGGUGAAUAUGUUCCCCAUACUAAAGUGUUACCAUGUUUUUUUAAUGGUGCACAAAAUUAACCGUGCAUGAACAUCACCUUGUUCAAACAACAUAAACAACACAGUGCAUAAACUCACAACAAAUUACACACCUGCAAAUCAGUCUGACUUCUGCUGUUGUUGAAUUUUUUUUUUUCAAAUUCAAGACAAAGUUAUAUGUUUUUGGUAACACUUUAGUAUGGAGAACAUAUUCUAAUAACAGACUUAAUUUAGAGGUUUUUGGACACUAGGGGAACAUAUUCUAAGUAACAAAGACUUAAUUUAGAGUUAUUUGGUUAGGGUUAUAAUGAGGCCAUGCCAAAUAAGGCAUUAAUAAGUACUUAAUAAUGACUAGUUAAGAGCCAAUAUGUUACUCAUUUGCAUUUUAGUAAGAAACUAAUUAAUGGUGAAUAUGUUCCCCAUACUAAAGUGUUACCAUGUUUUUUUAAUGGUGCACAAAAUGAACCGUGCAUGAACAUCACCUUGUUCAAACAACAUAACCAACACAGUGCAUAAACUCACAACAAAUUACACACCUGUAAAUCAGUCUGACUUCUGCUGUUGUUGUAUCCGUAAUACGCCGAUAGGGAGACGUUUUUAUUUACACCAUAAGUCGGGUGUGUUUUGACCUCCGCCGAACCCCUAGGGUUCCAUCAAACCCAGGUUAAGAACCACUGCUUUAUAUGGAUAAUAUGAUGCUAAUUAAAAUAUUAGGAACAGUUUUCAAUUUGAUUCAGAUGACAACCACAAUAAUGAACACCUCAGGAUUAUUAAGAUACAGCUCUUAUGAAAGAUUUCAUUGGAUUAUGCAGGGGUACAUUAUAUUUAUGUUGGGUCUGGUGAGUGUGUUUUGCAUAUUUACAUACAUUUUGUUUUUUAAUUGACAAAUGAAACUAUUUCAAAAUACACUGGUUAGUGAGUUAGUGACAUUACAUUGUCGGACUUGACAAUGAAGAUUUUAAGGAACGCUAUAUUUAUUGUGUUAUUUAUUUAUACAAGUUGCUUUCUAGAUCACUUUAGUAAUGUGAUUCAUUGAAAAUGUUGUUUUAAUGUACAACUAGAGUGUUUUAAUGUAUUGGUCUUCUUGUGACAAACACUUCAAGCACAUGGUGUGAGCAUGAGUUGAAUUCUCCAUAUUUCUACAGUCAAAAUGUUUUGUACUGUCUGCAUGCUGGACUAAAAGGGCACAAAGAGACCCCACUGGCCCUCAAACACUUCUCUUUCUUACAUAACGUUGAUUUUUUUUCUCUCUUACUGAUUGCAUGACGAGCCAAACACAAAGUUUAGACACUUAGUUCAUGCCACUGAGUUGCCCAAAGGCAGUAACCAGUCUGGUUUUUAUAUCCGAGUCUAUGCUGCUUCGCUUUAUGCCUCAUUUUAUUAGAAUUUAAUCACACCCUAAUUGCUCUGACAAUGAGGGGCCUUUAUAAGAGCAAUAUAAAGAACACAUACAUAAUUUAAACACUAAUUUAUCUGUACAACAUAGCAAUUUCAGCUUAUUUUGUUGUCUUUUCUUGUAUUAUUUUUGCACUGCUGCAGCCAUAUUUCUGGGGCAUUCUUCAUUCUGCAUAUUUGAAGCACUGAAGGGCAGACUGAGAGGAGGAAUUUUCUUUGUAGAGUACAACACAAGACGAUACAAACCACACAAAAGACUCUACCAGCUUUCAUGUGUGUGGGAGGGAAAAUCUUCCUGGAGAACUAAGAUUAGCUUGUUACACUCCGGUUUGAAGGAUACUGACUGGUGCGCUUAAUGAGAACGAGUGGCUUUAUGAAUAAAUCUGUAUUUACUAUAUAAUACAUACUGGAAUAAAAGAGGGGUGAAACAUUG